CGAUAAUGAUUUUGAGUUAUCGGAAUAUUGAUUUAUAGAUGUUUUAUUGGGAAAAAUUUCGCAUGCAGAUUUUUUUGUAGAAGUACAAAAAUCUAAACAGUGUAAUGUAUCUAUACAUUGCGGCUUAUGUAAGCUGAUCAAAAUUUUAUGCAGUGUCCUUAGCCCAAGUCGGAAGUAUAAGCAUGUUGGGUACAAAGCCUUGGACACUAUUUCCCAAUCACUGUCUGAGGAAAAGUAAACACAUUUCUGGCUGCUGUUCAAAUUUAGUUUAAAAACAAUUACUAUUACGUCAUUAUACCUAGUUCCUAUGUUGAUGUAAAUGAAUUAUUGACAUCAAGAGUUGGAUUUACUACUUAUGUCAUAUUUGAAAUAAUUCGUUUUGAAGCAAGUAGAAUAUUGAGGUAGAACUUGAGGAAUUGGAUAGUGAACACGAUUCAAGUGAGCCGGAAUGUGGAGGGAGUGGAGUUCGUCGACCAAUGAAUGCAUUUUUUAUUUUUUGCAAACGGCAUCGAGAUGUGGUUCGUGAAAAAUAUCCCCAUUUGGAAAAUCGAAGCAUUACCAAGAUUUUGGGAGAAUGGUGGGCUAAUUUAGAACAAGAGGAGAAAGCUACUUACACAGAUUUGGCUAAACAGUACAAAGAAGCUUUCAUGAAGGCUAAUCCUGACUUUAAAUGGUACAAAAUGCCAACUCCACCAGCUAGAACACUAUUAACUCGACCAUCCAACCAGAGGCCUUCAAAAUUGCAGCUAACUAGCAAUGAAAAUCAAGAAGGUAGUUGUGGUAUUACACCUGGUAAAUUGGCAGAUGAAACUCAAAUGGGAGGUUUGAAUUCUCUUAUUACUCCAAAUGUUUCAUCAUCAUCAUCAUCAUCAUCGUCAUCUACAACAAGUGUUUCAGUAAAUAAUGUUGAAACUGUUUCUUUACCUAAAAUGGAUGUAUCCAGUAUUUCUGCUAUUGCUAAACCACCAAAGAAACGUUAUUUAAUAAAUGGAGCAUUCCCUUCAAAUUUAGAAUCAUCUGUCGUAACAAAUAAAUUGACUGAUCCUAAUACAACAAGUGUGUGUUCAGCAUUACUAGAGUUAGCAGAGAUGUGCACCAAUGCUGAAGUGCAAAAAAGAUGUGGACCACAGUCUACCUCUAAAAAUUGCACAUUUAAUGUUGGAAUAUCAAAUAUCCAAGGAAAUGACAGAUCUGCCAAAGAAUCUCCAUUUACUCAGUCCAGUUCUGUUCGAAUAAAUGCAGGGAAAAAUACCUAUAGUCAAAUACCUGUUUUUAAUGUUAAUGCUGCCAAUUAUGUCAUUGACCGUGCCUUUAGCCAGUCAUUAAACUCAGCUAGUUUUUCCAAGAGCUUUUUAGAGCAUCCAAUUUCAAAAUCAUUUGAACCACUUAUCUCAAAGACAUCAGCAUCUACAAAAUUAAAUGAACAUCCUACAGAAAUGCAGUUAUCAAAUCAACAAGAGCAACCACUGAAUUUAUGUAUGGAAAAAGAAAAAACUAUUAAAACCAGUCAGCAGCAAUUAAUUAAUCAUUUAGUUGUAAAAUUUAUGGGCGGUCCAGGGUGUAGUAAUAUAAUUGAUUCUACAAAUGAUAAAUCAGUGCAAAAAUAUAAUCAUACUUCUAAUAAUUUUCAACAAGAACUCAAUAAAGAUGAAAUUACAUCAUUUAAUUCAUAUGAAAUAAAUCAUAACACUGAUAAUAUGAAUAAUAAAAAUGAUACAGAAAAUUUUAAUCAUAAAGAUGAUGUUUCUUCACAUUGGAACAAUCAAAUGCCAGACAGAGAUAUGGUUGGUUCAAAAUAUGAACUAACAAGAGAAGAUUAUAAAAGUAAUGUUACUCCCCCUGUAAAAAAAUUAAUUUCUUCACCUCCAAAAAAAGCCAGAGCACUUAGAUGUUUGAUAUCAGAUAAUCCAGAAAGUGAAAGUCAUAUAAUGGAAGUAGAUAGUGAUAAAGUGACUAAAGAAAGUCCUUCUAAUAGUCAUACAAGUAGUCCAGUUGACAGUAAUGGUGUAUUUGAUGUAUCACCUGGGCAAAGAAAGUCUCAGCGUUUAUGCAAAGGAAAACGAUAUCAAGCACUUAUUUCAGAAGGUUUGAUACAACCAGUAAAAGAAAGAAGAACAAGUAAGUCAUCAACAAGUGAAGAUAAACAAGGAAGUGAUACAGAAUCAGUUAAAGAUGUUGAUGUCAGAUCACCUGCAAAUCGACGUAACAGAAAACGAAAUGCUUCAGAUUCAUCAGAAAGUGUUACAAGCAUUAAAUCAGAUAAAGAUGAACCCUCUAAGAAAUCAAAGGGAGGAUUAUUUGAUUUAGAUGAGCAAAUUGCUGCACUUCCAAAAUGCAAUAUGGAAUCUUUUACUAAAAAAAUGAAACAGCAAGUGUCUGGAGACAAUUUUGCCUUUCAUGAUGAUCGUUUUCAUAGUGAUACUGAUCCUGCUAAAGAUCCUGAUUUUAAACCAAGUGCUGCUAUUGCUAGACGUUUACGGCACCAAGGAAAAAAUACAGAUUCAACUUCGGGAACUUCAAAACACAAUAAUUCUUCAAGCAAAAGAUUUAAAUCUGGGGACUUUGAUCUUGAAGAACACAUUGCUGCACUGCCUAAAUGUGAUAUAGAAAUAUUAAACAGACCUCGAAGAAUGAAAAGACGCAAUUCAUCAUCUAAUAACCGACAAGAUAAAGGCAGCUUUUAUCCUCUUUCUUAUUCACCUUCAAGUGAAGGAGAAAAAGUACAAAGUGAUACUGAAGAAUUAGUAGAAACAGAUAAUGAGGAUAAAAUAAACAAUCAAACUCAGGUGGAAAACGAUGAUUCAACAGAAUUACAAGAAUCAGAUAAACAUUUCCAGCAUCCUCAAAAUUCAUUAGUUGGGAGUCAGAAGAGAAAAGCCAGAAAAAGGUCAAUAACUCAUUUAAAUAUUGAUCAUUCAGAAUAAAAAUACAGCAUACCAUUAUUUAAAUCCUCAUUCUAACCUACAUGGUUUGCCUAUGCAUUAAAGAAAUUGAACUCUGGAAAUUGGAAAUAAUGCAGAAUUAAGAAGAAAGCAACCCAUGUACUGCCAAUCAAAUAAAUAUUAAUAAGGAUAAAUAGAAUGGAUUUUCAUUGUGUUGUUUUAUCAUUGUUAAGUAUGUCAUUAUUCUUUGAUAUAUGUCAAAAUUUGUUGGGUAGUUGUUUAGUUGUUUUUGUUAAUUAAAUGACUUCUAUAUACAUACAUUACAUUUUUUCUUGCUUUAUUUCUCAUCCCAAUAUUUGUGCAGUUAAUAAAUUUAUUUCUAUUUUUAACAAACAUAAAUUGACAAAAAUUGAAAUAGCAUUUUUUGUAAUUUUUACAAUAAUAACUAG